CAACACGACAAGCCAAUUGAAUACUAGGAAAUUUUGUGUAGAAAACAAACCUAGAUUUUAUCCGUGGUCAACUGUCAUUGGUUCAUUUUGGUUUCCUUUUCAUGAUCCUUGAAUUUGUAAAAACUUCGGAAUAAAAUAUUUACGAUAUCAUUAUAACUAGUUUGAUAAUUCAUAUAAAAUUAUGUGGUAACGGCAUAAUGUAUUUAAACAACUUAACACUGUAAAUGUACAUAAAAUUCCUUGUAUUCGUGCAUUGUUAAAGUGAUGAUGAAGGCAACCGGCGUUUAUAUAUUAUUUGUGGUGCUGGUUCUUGUAGCAGACAGUUUAGCCUCUAACCCUGACGCACCAAAAAGUGCUGAAAAGAAAUCCAAGUCUGUAACUACGUCUGUGAGCGCUAAAUGGGAAGCCACCCCACUGGUGUUGGAGCUAGCUGAAUACUUAUCAGGAGAGAGCUCUGACCUUUUCUGGUCAUUCCUGGAUGGAGUGAACUCUUUGAAAGUUAGUCUAGAAAAUUUGGAGACUGAUAAGCAGAAGUAUGAUGCCUGCAUUGGAGUGGCCACCACACUGCUGGCUCCGGCACAGCUGCGUAUGGCCAAGCUGGCUCUGUCCAUGCACAUCACGUCACCCGCAGUCCGCAUGUUUGAUCAGAUAGCCGUACAAAACGGAGUCAAGGAUGUCAAAUGUGACACUUUUGUAGCCAUAGCCUCGAGAAAAGUCUGUGAUGAUGAAGUCUUGAGGGAUAUACUCAAAACCUAUGAUCAGUACAAGCCUGAGGACCACCAGCUAGAGACAUAUCUCCUUGACCACACUCACCCGAGCAGUGACAACAAGAGCCUCACAGCCAUCCUCUACGGAGAGCUUGGCACUGUGGACUUCAAGACCAAGCACACAAUACUAGCUGCAUAUGCUGACAAGGGAAUCAUCAACUAUGUUGUUAGAUGGAAUGUUAAGCCUCGUGGCAGGCCAAAGCUGCGGCUGUCAGGGUAUGGAGUGGAACUGCAACUCAAGAGCACAGAGUACAAGAGUCAGGAUGACUCCACACCGAAGGAGGAAGGCGGCGAGGCAGCAGAAACCUCAGAGGAGGAGGAUGAGAAUGAUCCGCAGAACCAAAUUGAUGGAUUCAACUUUGGGAGGCUCAAGAACUUAUUCCCGGCGCUGCGCACGCCGCUCGAGCGGUUCCGCCGCCACCUGUCCGAGUCCAGCGAGGAAUUGUCUCCACUCAAGGUGUGGCAGAUGCAAGCUCUAAGCAUGCAGGCGGCGGCGGCGGUGGCGGACGCGCACGACGCGGGCGGCGACGAGGCGCUCAAGGUGCUCACGUCUAUCGCGCAGAACUUCCCUAUGCAGACAAAAUCCCUAAUCCACGUGAACGUGCCCCGAGCAUUCCGCGACGAAGUUCUCCACAACCAAGACAUCUGGUCGACCGCGCUCGGCCUGCGCCCCGCCGAGCCGCUGCUGCUGGUGUCGGGCGCGCAGCACGACGCCGAGGAGGUGGACGUCAUGGCGCUGCUCGCCGCGCUGCGGGCCGACGUCGGCCCUAUGAAUACGCUGCACGCUAUGGGCCUCUCCAAAACCCUGAUCAACAAGCUGCUCUCCCUCGAGAUGGGGGAACAAUUCCCGGUCGAAGAAUACGGUCUGGACAUCCGUGACUCGGCCGUCACGUGGGUCAAUGACCUGGAGACAGACGAGCGCUACCGGCGCUGGCCCGCCAGCUACAUGGAGCUGCUGCGGCCCACCUACCCGGGCAUGCUGCGGAACCUGAGGAGGAAUAUCUAUAAUUAUGUAAUCGUAAUCGACCCGAUCUCCUACGCCUCGGGCCCUCCGCUAAAACUCGGAGAGACUCUUCUAAAGCAUGCGACCCCGGUGCGAGUGGGGUUGGUGCUGGCGCCGGCAGCAGGGCGGCAGGGGCGCGAGGCGGCGCUGGAGGCCGCCGUGAGGGCCGCCUUCAACUACAUCGCGCAGGAGAGGAACUCCAAUAAGGAGGCUUUCUACUUCCUUACACAAUUACUGGACAACACAGAGAGCAAGUCAGCAGAGAAACUUUCACUAGAACAGAUCAAGAAACAUCUAAAGAAGUACGCAAGCGCUGGCGCGGACCUUGACGACCUUAUUGCCGAGGACUCAGAGUUCAAUUUCGGACAACAGCUGGCCGAGGAGUUUGUCGACAAGAUCGGGAAUAAUAAGUUCCCUGAGGUGCUAAUAAACGGCGUCCCCCUAGCGGACGACGCGGGCAACCCGACCGCGUCCGUCGAGCAGCUGGAAGAGGCCCUAGUGACGUCACUGGCCCGCCACACGGCGCGGCUGCAGCGGGCCGUGUUCCGCGGCGCGCUGUCCGACGCGGACAGCCCGGUGGACUACCUCAUGAAGCAGCCGCACAUUGUGCCCAGACUCAACCGCCGCGUGCUAGGCUCGGAGUCGUCCCAGUACCUGGACCUGUCGGGCACGCCCGCCUCCGUCGAACUGUUCACCGAGGACAAGAUACACAAGCUGAUGCAUUUGACUGGUCGGGACGCGCUAGCCACCGCUCUGCCUCUACUCAGGUAUUUCACGAAAGCAACCAAACAAGAGAAGAUCACCCAGACCAUCUGGAUCAUUGGAGACCUGAACAAUAAGGACUCUAGGACACUGCUGAAAGACGCCCUGACUUAUAUGCGAGAAUCAACCGGCAUCCGCGUCGCCUUCAUCCCCAACGUCGACGGCUCAUCCUCAGUAGACCAGUCACUGAACAAGGUGGUGCUAGCGGCGGUGACGGCGCUGCCGCCGCCGCGCGCCGCGCAGUACGUGGCCGGGUUGUUAGAUGAUGAAGGAUGUCAUGAGAAGCAGACCUGCGAUAUACUGCCGGAGCUCGUCCCGCACCUACACAAGUACGAGUGGGUGCUCAAGGCAGCCAGAGUACUAUGUUCCCGCAGCCUCCACCUCAGAGCGUCGGCCCGCGCCGUGGUCCACAACGCGAGGAUGAUCGGACCGCUAGCGGAGACUGACAAGUUUGUGCUGGACGACUUUGCGCUGCUUGAAAGGUUCACUAGUCAGACGUACGGAGACAAACUAAGCGAAGUCUUCGAUAAGAAGAAAUCGAAAACCAACGAAGUCACAGAUGAUGAUGAUGAUGAAGAAGACGACUUCAUCGACUUAACCCCAGACGCCCGUCUGAAGGUGAUAUCAGUAGUAGCGGGACGCGGGGCGCACUCACGCACGCCGCUGCCAGCCGGCCUGCGCACAGAACACUCAUUGGUGGACUUGCCCCCGCUGUAUCCUGAUGAAGCCGCUAUUGAGAUGGUAGCAGUGCUAGACCCUGCCUCAGCGGCGGCGCAGCGCCUCGCCCCGCUGCUGCUGGUGCUGCGCAAGGUGGUCAACUGCCGCGUCAAGCUGUUCCUCAACCCGCAGGACAAGAACUCCGAUAUGCCGCUUAAGAGUUUCUACCGCUACGUCCUUGAACCGGAGCUCCAGUUCACCCCGUCCGGGUCACAAACCGGCGGCGCAUUGGCCCGGUUCGCCCGGCUGCCGCACGCGCCGCUUCUAUCCAUGGAGCUCAGGACUCCGCCCAACUGGCUCGUGGAAUGUGUGAAGAGUGUGUACGAUCUGGAUAAUAUCAGGCUGGCUGAUGUGGAUACUGUUGUGCAUAGCGAAUUCGAGCUAGAAUACCUGCUCCUCGAAGGCCACGCAUGGGACACCACCCUAGGCACCCCUCCCCGCGGCCUCCAACUAGUGCUAGGAACCCGAGAGACGCCCGACCUCAUGGACACCAUCGUGAUGGCCAACCUGGGCUACUUCCAGCUGAAGGCCAACCCCGGAGCGUGGAUACUGAGGCUGCGGCCCGGCCGGAGUGAAGAGAUCUAUGAGAUUGUUGGACACGAGAACACCGACACGCCCGCGGGCAGCGCCGACAUCCAGGUCCUGAUGCACUCGUUCCGCAGCCACGUGAUCAAGCUGCGAGUGUCCAAGAAGCAAGACAAGCAACACCUGGACCUGCUGGCUGAUGGGGAUGAGAAGAACAGCGGCGGGAUCUGGAACUCGAUUGCCAGUUCAUUCAGCGGCGCUGAAGAGACGGACUCCGAAGACACUAUCAACGUGUUCUCCGUAGCGUCAGGUCAUCUCUACGAGCGCUUCCUGCGCAUCAUGAUGGUGUCCGUGCUCAAGCACACCAAGUCGCCCGUCAAGUUCUGGUUCUUGAAGAACUAUUUGAGCCCCAGUUUGAAGGAAAGUCUCCCAUACAUGGCUAAAGAGUACGGCUUCUCAUACGAACUGGUACAGUACCAGUGGCCGCGCUGGCUGCAGCGGCAGAAGGACCGCCAGCGCACCAUCUGGGGGUACAAGAUACUGUUCCUCGAUGUACUGUUCCCGCUGCAUGUGAAGAAGAUUAUAUUUGUGGACGCUGAUCAGAUUGUCCGAGCGGACCUGAAAGAGCUAGUGGACCUGGACCUGGGAGGAGCUCCCUACGGGUACACGCCUUUCUGCGACAGUCGGAAGGAAAUGGAAGGAUUCAGGUUCUGGAAGCAAGGCUACUGGCGCAACCACCUCCAGGGUCGCAGCUACCACAUCUCGGCCCUGUACGUGGUGGACCUGAGGAGGUUCCGGCGCGUGGCGGCGGGCGACCGCCUGCGCGGCCAGUACCAGGCGCUCAGCCAGGACCCCAACAGUCUGUCUAACCUGGAUCAAGACCUGCCGAACAACAUGAUCCACCAGGUGGCCAUCAAGUCCCUCCCGCAGGAGUGGCUCUGGUGCGAGACCUGGUGCGACGAGAAGUCCAAGACUUACGCCAAGACCAUCGACUUGUGCAACAACCCGCAGACAAAGGAGGCCAAGCUAUCAGCCGCCAUGCGCAUCGUCCCCGAGUGGACGCAGUACGACGAGGAGAUCAAGGCGCUGAUGGCGCGCGUCCGCCGCGGCCUGUUCCACGCGGGCGACGUGGACCAGGUCUGUACCUCUCUGUCCCCGAGUGGACCUCUCUCUGUCCCCGAGUGGACGCAGUACGACGAGGAGAUCAAGGCGCUGAUGGCGCGCGUCCGCCGCGGCCUGUUCCACGCGGGCGACGUGGACCAGGUCUGUACCUCUCUGUCCCCGAGUGGACCUCUCUCUGUCCCCGAGUGGACCUCUCUCUGUCCCCGAGUGGACCUCUCUCUGUCCCCGAGUGGACGCAGUACGACGAGGAGAUCAAGGCGCUGAUGGCGCGCGUCCGCCGCGGCCUGUUCCACGCGGGCGACGUGGACCAGGUCUGUACCUCUCUGUCCCCGAGUGGACCUCUCUCUGUCCCCGAGUGGACCUCUCUCUGUCCCCGAGUGGACCUCUCUCUGUCCCCGAGUGGACGCAGUACGACGAGGAGAUCAAGGCGCUGAUGGCGCGCGUCCGCCGCGGCCUGUUCCACGCGGGCGACGUGGACCAGGAAUCUGAGAUACAUCACGAGGAACAUGAUACAAGUCCCUCCCACGACACCCACACUGAGUUAUGAUGAACUAAAGUUAUGUAAAUUAAUUUAAACCAAGGUGAUAUUGUGUUUAUAAUACGUAUGUAUGAGUGUUGCAAGUGUGUACAGAGUACAGGAGGGUUAUUGUAGCUUACAAAAAAAUUUAUCGAAAGCUGUCGUGCAAUCGAUACGCUUAAUGUUAGAACAACAUAAGCGCGUGGUUAGCGCAGCAGCGCUCCGAAACUUCGAUUUUCGUAAGCUAAAGUGACCCCCCAGAGUUUGCAUUUUUAUAAUUUCCAGUGAUUUCAGAUGUUAGCCAUUAGAUCCGCGGCUCAAUUAUGUAAUCUAUAAUUGAUUGAGCAAAUUUUCUCUAUGACGAUUGUAUAGUUUCGAAAUUAGCAAAGGACCAAACUUUAUUUUUAUAAUUUCCCCCUUCCUUAUCAGCAUUUUUGUGACUGAUAAUGUUUAAGUAAAAGCGAUGUGAUUUUAGUGCAUAAGCAAACUUUAGUUUGUUGUUUAGUUAAUUUUCUGAAGGUUCUAUUAAUUGCAAGAACGUACGGUAUGAUUUGUAUCUACGUUGUUAGACAGUAAUCGGUUCAUGUUCAUGACACAAUCAUUUAAUUUUUUCUACCUCUUUGAGAUCGCUAAAACUUAGUCAUUCAAUUUUUUUGUAAGUAUUUAUCUCGAUUUGCCAUACUUUAAUUGAAUACCUUUUUUUCAUUAAAAUUCAAUAAUUUACCAGAAUUAAUUAAUUCAAAGAAAAUUAUAUAAAAUUUUCUACAUUGAAGAUCUCAUGUCACGAAGUUACAGGUCCUCAUUUGUUGAAUUGGUUGUUGAAUAUUUUUUUUUGAAAGUCAUACAGCACCUGUAUUUAAUAUGUAUCAUAUAAGUUAAGAAGGAACUUUGGGGAAGCACGAAUAAAAAACACAAUUCUAA